AUCAAAAUUGAAGCACAGAAUAUUAGCUCAUGUACUGAAAGGUCGAUAAAUGCAAAAGUUUCAUCCUUGUUUAUCGAUAAAAGAAAUAAUCAUCGUUGUUGACUUGUUUAGUUGUUACCAAUAUGAACUUUUCAGAGGGCCUCAGAUUUUAGAGGGCCUCAUAGGGUAUAUAAAAAAUAAAAAAUAAAAAAUAAAAAAUAAAAAUAAGUUAGGGCAAGUUUCAGACGGCACAAUCUCCUUCGACACUCCGCAAGGGCCUCACAUUUGAAAGUUCGCCUAGGGCCUCUCAAAAUAUUUAGAAUCUCAUGGCUGGCCCUGAUAGGAAGGAGAUUGUAGAAGAAGUGAAGAAGCAAAUAUGGUUGGCAGGGCCUCUCAUAUGUGUCAGUCUAUUACAAUUCUGCUUACAGCUCAUCUCUCUCAUGUUUGUGGGCCAUCUUGGGGAGUUGGCUCUCUCUGGUGCUUCAAUGGCCACUUCUUUCGCAACCGUUACAGGUUUUACGGUGUUGAUGGGAAUGGCAAGUGCAUUGGAAACAUUUUGUGGCCAGUCCUAUGGAGCAAAGCAAUAUCAUAUGCUUGGCAUACACAUGCAAAGAGCUAUGCUUAUUCUUUUACUUGUGAGCAUACCCCUUGCAUUCAUCUGGGCAUACACUGGCCCCAUUCUCAAGGCCUUGGGCCAAGAUCCUACCAUAUCAGAUGAAGCCGGACUUUAUGCAAAUUUCAUGAUUCCCAGCCUUUCUGCAUACGGCCUUCUUCAAUGUCUCGUCCGGUUCUUGCAAACUCAAAACAAUGUCUUUCCUAUGAUGCUAAGCUCCGGAAUUACAACUCUGCUCCACAUCCUUGUAUGUUGGGUCCUGGUGUUCAAAUCUGGCCUCGGUAAUAGAGGAGCUGCCUUGGCAAAUUCAAUCUCAUAUUGGAUCAAUGUGUUAUUUUUAGCACUUUAUGUCAAGUUCUCUCCUUCAUGUGCAAAUACUUGGACUGGUUUUUCGAAGGAGGCCCUGCAAAAUAUCCUCACUUUUCUUAGACUUUCAGUCCCUUCAGCUGUCAUGGUCUGCAUGGAGUUGUGGUCAUUUGAGAUGAUGGUUCUAUUAUCUGGUCUUCUACCCAAUCCCCGGUUAGAAACUUCAGUUCUAUCUAUCUGCCUUAAUACAUCUAUGACGGUUUGGAUGAUCCCAGUUGGACUCAGUGGUGCCGUGAGCACACGAGUCUCAAAUGAGUUGGGGGCUGGGAAUCCUCAAGCUGCACGUUUGGCAGUGCGUGUCGUCUUAGUGGUGGCUAUUACCGAGGGCAUUUUGGUUGGAUCGGUCCUAAUAUUGACACGUAACAUCUUGGGCUAUGCUUACAGUAGAGAAAAAGAAGUGGUUAGAUAUGUAGCUAUAAUGAUGCCAAUUAUUGCAACAUCCAACUUCAUGGAUGGACUCCAAUGUGUUCUUUCAGGUUCUGUUAGAGGAUGUGGAUGGCAGAAAAUGGGUGCUUUUGUCAAUCUCGGGUCAUAUUAUCUUGUGGGCAUUCCUUCUGCUAUUCUUUUAGCAUUUGUUUUCCACAUUGGAGGAAAGGGUCUUUGGUUGGGGCUUAUAUGUGCACUUUUUGUGCAAGUGUUAUCUCUUCUUACCAUUACAACACGGACUAACUGGGAACUAGAGGCAAAGAAGGCUACAACCGGAGUCUAUGAGUCUAUGCUCCCCGUGGAUGUAGCGGAUGUAGCGUCAUGAAGCUUAAAUCACCACAGCGAGGGUAGAGAUAGGAGAAAAAGUGAUGUGUUAUAUAUAUUAUAAUGGUUUUAAUUUUUUUUUAUUGUAUUAAAUAUAUUCACAUAAUGUGAUGAUUUACUUUUUCACUACAAGAAUAAAGGGUAUUGGUGAUAGUCCCUUAGAGACAAUAGAAAAACUAUCCGUAAAGACACUCUUUUUGGUGACAGUCCUAACCUUUUCAUCCCUAAAAGACCAAAAAAAAUAAACGCGCCCUCCAAUCUGGUGGCGGCAAAACAUAGCGCCAUUUUUAGUGAAAUUAUAAAUUUUUUUAAUAAAAAAAUUAUCAAAAUAGCCUUCCAAAAGGCUAUUUAGUGAAAUUAUAAUUUUUUUUAAUAAAAAAUUAUCAAAAUUGGCUUUUGGAAUGGUAAAGUUACCGUCCUUAAUUAACUACUAGUAAUUUUACAAGACUACCCUAUCAAAACAAUGUAGUUUUAGUCAAUUAAGUAUAUAUCUGUAUAUGUAUUUCUUAUUCGAUGUGCUCUUUGUCUGAAUACUGUUUCUUGCCCUAGCUCGAUCUUCUCCUUCCGUCCUCUCUCUCAUACUGGUCUAAUCUUCCCCAACCGAUCUCUUUCUUUUCAAUUAAGUAUAUAUUUGUAUAUGUAAUCCACGAGGGAUAACUCUGCUAAAUUUGUUAUUCGAUGCGCUCCCCUAGCUCAAUCUUCUCCUUCCGUCCUCUCUCUCAAACUGGUUUGGUCUUCCCCAAUCGAUCUAUUUCUUUUAAAUUGAAGUCGUAGCCCUAGGUUUUCUCUUUCUCAAGGUGGGUAUCAACAUGGAGGUCUUGAAGAGCCCCAAACAGCAGCAGCCAAAAAUGAUCUUUCCUGACUUCCUUUACUCUCCUAUCGACGAGUCCACACACUCUCAGUCGUCUUCAACAUUAAUCCCACCGCCGUUUAUUGGCUUCUUCUUCAUCUAAUUGGGUGAACAUCUAAUUCAAUUCAAUUGAGAGGUAGCUAAGUCAGUCUAUCAACAGAUCCUCUCUACAAGGACUACCAGAGCGACCAGAAGUUCAGUGUCACUACUUACUCUUCUACUAGUGUUCUUAUUGGCUUCUUCUUUGUCUAAUUGGGUGAACAUCUAAUUCAAUUCAAUUGAGAGGCAGUAACGUUAGUCCAUCAAUGGUGGACAAAGAUUCUUCUUCGUCUUCCUUGUUUUUGUGGUACAAAUCGGCUUGGGUCGAAGCCUGAACAACUUGCGAUCAUCUGGCUUCUUUUUCUUCUGAUCUCACCCACUUUCCCACCCUAGACACUCCCUGCAACAGAUCUUCUCUGCUAGGACUACCAGAGCGACCAGAAGUUCAGUGUCUCUACUUAUUCUUUUACUGGUGUUCUUGUAAACAGAAUUAUGGACAAUUCUGAGGCACCAAUGCGUAGAAUAUUAAGGUCAAGCGUGGCUCAAACUCGAACUGAGACACCAUCUACAAGUUCAACUGCCACACAACCGAGUGGAGAAGCUGAUGGUAGUAAUUCAAUAAGUCAACAACUUUUUAUGGAAGGUGAUGGUAAUACUUUGCAGACAAGGCCACAACCAAGUGGAGGCCCAGUACGAAAAGGGCGUGGAAAAGCAAAGAAUAUAGCCCUACACAAACCUAAGGAACUCUAUGGAAAGGAUGUUCCAGUUUCGGUAGAGUUUGGGAUGGGUUAUAUUAAACCCGUUGGCAAAAAUCACAAUUUAUGGACGGCUGAGGUUGGCAUCCAUGCGAGAGAGAGAUAAAGAAGCAUUAUUGAAAUAUAAAAUGUGGAGGAAAAUUCUAGAUUAUGAGAGACAGGUCUGCUAUGACCAUUUUAAGAAAAUAAGUGACAAAAAUAAAGGCAACCGCUUGAAGAAUAAGAUUCCUCAUGUUUCUGGAUUGAUGUCUUUUGCCAGACGCUAUGAUGUUUAUCUGAAAGAAAGUCAAGAAAGGCAAGAAAGGCAAAAUGAAGAAGAUGAGGAAGUUGAAAGUCCUGAGGAGGGUCCUGCUAUUCGCAUGUACGAGGACAUGCAUUUUAGGGAACAAACUGGAUGGGUAAAUGAGAUAGCUAAGCAGAACUACGAUGUAAUGAAAGAGAAGUUUUCACGUUUUUCACAAUUCUGAUCGUACCAGUCCUAUGAUAAAUGAUGUUGAGAUAGUGGAAAACCAAUUAGGUAUCAGAAAGGGAUAUCGUUGUGGGUUCGGCAAUGGUUUUGUAGCUCCAAGCCAUCAACGUGCAUCCUCAUCUUUCGAAGAGGCUUCUAGAAAAAGGGUGAAAAAUGUUGAAGAAAAAAAUGCACAACUUACGUAGAAAGUUACAAAUUUGGAGGAGAAGUUGGAUACAAUUCAGAAGCUGCUUUAGUAGCAACAACACCUCCUUGAGCAGCAACAACAGCAGCAAUAAUAGCUCCUUGAGCAACAACAGCACCAACAGCCGCCACCACGGUUCCACCAAAAUCAACAUUCUCCAUCACAUUCCUAACAGCAGCAUGCCCCGCCAAGCUGGUGUCAGCGGCCACCAACAUGGUGGCAAUUUCAGCACCACCCACCAGCACCACCACAACAAUCACCUGAAUGAACUAUAAAGAUAAUUAUUUUGGUAGAUAUAUUUUGGAGCUUUUUGAUGGCUAUCUAGCUGAUUUCUAACUAUUUUGGUACGUGUAUUUUUUGGCCUGCAUUUUCAUGAUUGCAUUCAGUUUAAAAUGAUGUUUUAAUUUUUGAGGAUGUUUGGAACCAUUUGAUGUUAAAGCAGCUAGUAGAUACUUUUAGUUCUUGUUUACAAAAUUGGAGAAUUUGUAGUUUCAUCAUGAGAUUAAGAGUUUGUUUGUUCGCACCAUAUUGUGGUGAUAAUCUAUUUUUUUCUUUCUAGAAUGAUAUUGUUGGUG